GUUUGCCGGAGAAAUCGUACGUGAAAAUGUCUCGGAAAGUAUUCGUUGUUGGAGUGGGAAUGACGAAUUUCGUCAAACCAGGCGCAGGAGGGGAUUAUCCAGAAUACGGCAAAAGGGCUGUCGAAAAUGCUUUAGCUGACGCAGGAAUCAAAUACGAUGUGGUACAGCAAGCUGUGUGUGGAUAUGCCUCAGGCGAUUCGACCUCUGGACAAAGAGUUUUAUACCAAAUUGGCAUGACUGGAAUUCCUAUAUACAACGUCAAUAAUAAUUGCUCCACUGGAUCUACUGCUCUGUUUAUCGCUAAACAACUAAUUGAAGCUGGUAUUAUUGAUGUCGCUUUGGUGUUGGGAUUCGAAAAGAUGGCGCCUGGUGCCCUUGGAGGCGGCAUGUUCAAAGACCGCGAGAGUCCUUUAGCGAACCAUGUCCGCAAAAUGUCGGAAAUGGCCGAAAUAGUGAAAAGUCCAAUAACGGUACAAUAUUUCGGCAACGCCGGCCUUGAACACAUGAAGAAAUACGGCACAACUGAAGUUCAUUUCGCUAAAAUUGCAGCUAAAAAUCAUAGGCACGGUAUGAGAAAUCCAAGGGCUCAAAGUAAAAGGGAGUAUAGUGUUGAGGAAGUACUUAAUUCAAGGAAGAUUUAUGGUCCGCUGACUAAACUGAUGUGUUGUCCGACCAGUGAUGGCGCGGGCGCAGCUAUUCUAAUGUCAGAAUCUGCUGUGAUACAAUUCGGAUUACAGAGGAAGGCAAUCGAAAUUAUCGGCAUGGAAAUGGCUACUGACACAGCUGAUCUGUUUACGGAUAACAGUCUUAUGAAAGUUGCUGGCUCGCAAAUGACUGCUAUAGCAGCUAAGAGGUUAUAUGAAAAGACUGGAAUAUCUCCAAUGGACGUUAACGUAGUGGAGCUUCACGAUUGUUUUGCGACCAAUGAACUGAUUACAUAUGAAGGUUUACAAUUAUGUGGAGUAGGUCAAGCGGGGAAAUUUGUUGACGCUGGAGACAAUACAUAUGGAGGAAGGGUCGUGGUGAAUCCAAGUGGUGGUUUGAUUGCUAAAGGGCAUCCAUUGGGAGCCACAGGGUUGGCUCAAUGUGCUGAACUGGUUUGGCAAUUGCGUGGAGAAGCUGGCACAAGACAAGUGAAAAACGCUAAAAUAGCGCUCCAACACAACCUGGGUUUAGGAGGAGCGGUGGUCGUGACAUUAUACAAGAAGGGCUUCACCGACAGGUCGAAACUAUAACCGGAUUAAACCAGAUCCGCCCGGUGUUAUCUGGAUAAAAGCGGAUCGGGAGAGUUUUGAUAUUAGUUUUAUCGGGCAAAGUUGGAAGGUAUUGUGGAUAGAUAUUGUGCUACAUUUUAUAAUAUUGAGUAAAUUGUAGGUAUAUUUAUUUGUAAGUACCAUCGUGCAUUUAUUGUAAUUAUAAAAAAUGCAUAUCUGGCGUUUGAUAUUUUUGACUGAUAUAAUAUUAUAAUUGUGAAAUAGUAUAAUAUAAAAAAUCAAUAAAAUUUUAUUUUUAUUCUAUUAA